UUCUGAGAACAGCAACAUAGAUCGAGGAGAUUUAGGGAAAGAAUUUAUGAAAACAGCUUUCACGGCUCCUGUAUUUUACCGAGCAUUUCACGCUUCACGACCUGCUUUUCAAGUAAUUGCUACAGAACCUUUAAGAGCUAAAGAAGCACCAUCAACGAUCUCGAGUAAAUACCCAGUAAUUGACCACACAUAUGAUGCAAUUGUAGUUGGUGCUGGUGGUGCUGGCUUACGUGCCGCUUUUGGUCUUUCAGAAGCCGGAUUUAAUACGGCAUGUAUCACAAAAUUAUUUCCUACGAGGUCUCACACAGUUGCCGCACAGGGAGGCAUUAAUGCUGCACUUGGUAAUAUGAGUGAAGAUGAUUGGCGUUGGCACAUGUAUGAUACUGUUAAAGGUAGUGACUGGCUUGGAGAUCAAGAUGCAAUACAUUAUAUGUGUCGCGAAGCACCUAAUGCUGUAAUUGAGCUUGAACAUUACGGUGUACCAUUCUCACGAACUGAGGAGGGUAAAAUCUAUCAAAGAGCUUUUGGUGGACAAAGUUUAAACUUUGGACAAGGCGGUCAAGCAUAUCGGUGUGCUGCUGUUGCUGACCGUACCGGUCAUGCUCUUUUGCAUACGUUAUAUGGUCAAUCUUUAAGACAUGAUACCAAAUAUUUUAUCGAAUAUUUUGCACUUGAUCUUUUAAUGGAAGAUGGUGUAUGCCGCGGUGUUAUUGCUAUAAAUCAGGAAGAUGGUACCUUACAUCGUUUCCGUGCUCAUAAAACUGUAUUGGCCACUGGUGGUUAUGGUCGUACAUAUUUUUCGUGUACAAGUGCGCAUACAUGCACUGGUGAUGGAAAUGCAAUGGUUGCUCGCGCUGGGUUACCUUUACAAGAUUUAGAAUUCAUUCAAUUCCAUCCUACUGGUAUUUAUG